AAACAGCGAUAGAGUGCGGGAGAAGCUCUUGACUUGCGGGUGACAGAGUCAGUCAUGGCGGCAGCGAGCGACAAAGCUCGAUUCUAUCUCGAGCAGUCGAUCCCAGAGCUGAAGGAGUAUGAAAACAAAAAGAUCUUUUCCAAGGAUGAGAUCGCAUCGAUCACGAAGAAACGAUCCGAAUUCGAACAUAAGAUCAAUGCGCGUGCUCCGUCACCUGUAGACUUUGCUCGCUAUGCCGAAUACGAGAUGAACCUGGACUCUCUUCGGCGGAAGAGAGUAAAACGCCUAGGGAUCAAGGCGCCGGCGCAUUCAGGGCAAAGAAGAAUAUUUUUCAUUCUCGACCGGGCAACACGGAAAUUCCACGGUGAUAUUGGCCUGUGGAUGCAGUACAUCGAUUAUGCCCGAAAACAGCGCGCGCAUAAAAAGCUAGCGCAAAUCUUCACCAAUGUUUUGCGCCUCCACCCCACAGAGGCAGCACUGUGGAUCGGCGCUGCACGGUACGCUCUCGACGAACAUGCAGACAUGACACAGGCCCGUGGUUACAUGCAGCGAGGGCUACGGUUUUGCAAGAGCUCGAGAACGAUGUGGUUACAGUAUGCGAAGCUGGAGAUGAUCUAUAUAGCCCGGAUUGCCGCUAGACAUAAGAUCCUCGGUUUGGACAGCGGAACCCAAACGAAGGCCAUUCGGUCCGGUGAUGAUACAGAGACAGAUGCACCAAAGUUGAAUGACGGAGAUGUCAAUCCGACGCUGGAGAAUGACGAAGUUGAUGAAGCUGCGCUUGAAACGCUAAAUUCUACCCCUGCCUUGUCCGGAGCGAUCCCGAUUGCCGUUUUCGACGCGGCAAUGAAACAAUUCAAUGAAGACAGUGGCCUCGGUUACGAUUUCUUCAGCAUUUUUACCGAAUUUGAAGACAUGCCUUGUCUUAGGCGCGUGCUCACUCAUGUCGUUGAGCAUUUAAUGGAGACUUGUCCUACAAAUCCGCGAGCUCAAAUCUGCUACGUUAGACUCCCCGUCGAGGGAAUCAAACCAACAUCUCCACAGUUCCCUCGUGCCUUCGGGAACUCUCUAAGCCGGCUAAAAGAACUUGCGGGAGCUGGCUCCGCCCAGGAACUAUCAAAAGAAGUUGCCAGAUGGCUGGUCUCGAUUAGUUCAACAGACGGUCUUGAUCCAGCUCUUCGUCAGGUUGUAGAAGCCACCCUUAGAAAUGCGGAGCGAACAUCAACUUAAAAUUCAGCUCUUGCAGGGAGGGGUUAACAGCCAGGACAGCUCACUUCAUAUUUUUCGUGAGACUAUUUAUUCAUUUUUCACGGUAGCUUUUUUUAAAAAAAAAAAGGGCAGGCGUUUCUGGUUGAUGCACGGAUGACACAGCAUCUCGGCGUUCACAAAAAUAACGGACAUGGAUGUUGGAUUCAGUUGGAAUCCACCUUUCUAUCUUUUGUAUAG